AUGAAACUAAUUCAAACUGUUCAUAUAGUCAAUAUACGUGUUGCUCGUUGGUACGGCAUUGUUAGUCUACCGCUCGUACUUCUCAAUGCGAUCAGUACUUUAGUCCUAUAUGUAUUUCCAGCAGUAUUUUUCUUCUUUCUGCGCCCGUCACAUUCUCAAACACCUGAUCAAGCAACGAAAUAUUUGGGCAUCAUAGGAUUUUAUGGUUAUCUUUUUUUCAAUUUGGUCUCACUCAUUUGGAUCACUGAAUCAUGUCUUAUUACGGUGACAAUGGGCGAACGACUUGUACAUCUUAAAAAACAGUUGAUAAGCCUCAAUGAGUUCCAUCAACAUCGUUUAGCCCAUGAAUCAAAGUCAGCAAUACGACGAAUAACAAACGAUUCUUUUGAACUUAUUAACCUCCGUAUACGUCUUCCGCAUACGCACACUAUUCUUCAGUCGAAUAUUUAUCUGCGAGCAUCUCGGAAUGAAUGUGUUUUCAUCACUGGUAAAACAGGUUGUGGAAAGACAAGUUUAAUGCGUGUUUGUGCUGGGCUAUGGCCUUUGGAUGCACAAUUCAUUAGUAUGCCUGCUCGAAGUGAUCUCAUUUUCAUUCCACAACGUCCAUAUUUGCCACUUGGUUCACUUCGAUUCCAAGUUCAAUUUCUACUACCAAAAAUGUCGAUAUCUAACCUAACUGAUGCUGAAAUUGAUAAUUUGUUUAAACUUGUUAAUAUGGAUUAUAUUUUGAAACGAUACGAUCUCAAUCAGGUAGUUGACUGGUCAUGUUGUUUAUCGAUCGGUGAACAACAACGUCUGUCUUUUACAUAUGCGGCAUGGAUCUGCUGUCUUGGAUUUUUGGGUGCAUAUUCGUAUUUAAACUAUCGUCUGGCAUCUCAAACCGGUGCUAUUUUCAGUAUUUUGUCUGAUUAUGCUUCAAGUGCAAUCGAUCUCGAAACAGGAAGAGCACGUUUACAACACGAAAUUCCAUUGCUUGUUCUACAAAUUGUCGGAUAUGCAGUGUUUUUCAGUGCUCAAAUUGGCUGUGGACAAAUUCUUGGAUCUUUGUAUACUCAAAGACAAUUAACAUACAUAUCACGAUUAUUACUCAACGACAACGAUUUGACUCUGUAUCAUACAUCAAAUACUCUAAGUCAACUGCCCAAUAUUCUAUCAUAUGAACUUGCCGAGUACAAUAUGCAUCUCUUUUAUAUACUUUUCGGUUCCAUCUAUUUUAAUGGUAUUCUUGGAGUAUUGAUCCUCUGUAUUCCCUACACCUAUCUACUUGGCUCACAAAAAGGUGGUGAAAUAAGCAUCUGUAUUAUUUACUUAUCUCAGUUGAUAUUUACGUGUUUCAUUCUUAUCGCUCUGGUUCCAUUUUAUCGAGCGAAUAAACAAUGGGAAACCUCAUUUACUGCUUUGGCAAAUGCUCAAAAACGUCUUGACUUACAUGCCGAACAGAUUGUUUUGUCAGACGAGAAUGUAAUUCAUAUUGAAGAGAAAUAUUUAAGAUCACAGUUGGACUUAUCGAUCAAUUCUCAGCGACGUGCUGGCUACUUUUAUGGUUUACUUGUUGGUGUCAGUGUAUUAGGUAAUUGGGCUGCAACUAUUAUCGUUUAUUGCAUUCCUGCAGCGAUUUACUUCCAUUUAACUGACAAUCCGACUGUCUCACAAGCCGGUGUUGUUCUGACAAUGAGUGUAUUCAAUGGAUACUUGAAUGGUACUCUCACAAUGAUGAAUUCCUACGGAUAUUCGUUGUCUCAAUUGUGGACUGUCGGACUGCGUGUGGUUCGAACGUUUGAAGAGCUCAAGACAACAAUUGCUCUUCAUCGUCGUCAACGAGCCCGUGAACUCGAUACUGGCAAACGUAUAUUCUUUCCGACGUCGACAGAUCAAGUUUUAACGCUUCGAAACGUUGAUGUUUGUCUGCCUUCGAAGAUCAUUUUACAGAAAGUGCUUAUUCGUUCUUUAUCAUUUACAUUGAACAAACAAUCGACCUUACUCAUUAGUGGACCAAGUGGAUGUGGAAAAUCAAGUUUAUUGCGCUUGAUUGCUGGUUUACAGUAUAAUACAUCCACUAGUCCUAAUUCUUGCAUCCAAUUUCUUCGACGUGAUUCAACAGUAUUUCUCCCUCAACAAUUACAUCUGAUCGAUGGUACAUUACGUCAACAGUUGUCUUACCUAUUUGAGUCAAAAGAUCUUGGAAUUCUUGUAGAAGAUAAUGUCAAGAUUCGUGAUGUACUGCUCAUUGUCGGUCUUGAACACCUUCUCGAUCGUUAUUCACUUGAUGUAUUCGAGCACAGAUGGUCGCGUAUUCUUUCUAUUGGUGAACAACAACGUCUAAUGAUUGCUAGCGCAUUACUGCUGCUAAAUACGAAAACAAUAGGCUGUCUCGUUCUUGAUGAAGUGACAUCCGGUUGCGAUGAAGAAACAGAACGACGAAUUUAUUUAUUUUUGUGUCGCAUGGCUAUACCAUAUAUUUCUAUUUCACAUCGACAUAGUUUGAUCGAUUAUCACACGCAUCAAUUGACGAUUGAUCCAAGCAAACAAUCAUAUACCUUCGUUUCUCUUCGUUCGAUUGUAUAA